CCUCACUCACACCAAAACUAGCCGUUAGAACAAAGAGCGUCUUCCUCCUUUUCUUACUCUCUGCACACACAAAAUUUCAUUCAUUUUCUCUUCGUCAUUUCCAAUCCAAUUCAAUCAAAAUCAUUUUCUUCUCUCUCUGAUUCUCUACAUCCUUUUCGAUUGCAAAUGGAACUAGCAAGCAACAACAGUAAUCAAUCAACCACCACCACUCCUUCAAAGAAGAAAAACUCAGAAAACACAGAGAAUUUGAACCCUAAUGUGCCUAAUCGAAGCCUUUCUACAAAAUCCCCUGCUUUGAGACCUUCCAAGCCAAGCAACACCAACCUAGUUGUGCAAUCGCCGCAGAACAGGAUCAGGCAGAGGAAGUUCGUGGUGGCCAAGAGGAAUAAUCGAAAGGGUUCUCGAAAUGAUGCCGUUUCAUGCAAAUGCAAGCACAAUGGUGGCGCCAAGUGUGUUUGCAUGGCGUACCAGACCCUGAGGGCUUCCCAGGAGGAGUUUUUCAUCAAAGAGAGGAAGGACUUCGGUGAGGAAGAAGAAGAGGAAAAAGAUGAAAAGGGUUAUGAUUUUGUAACGGAGGGAACAAAAAGUGAGACUGUGGAAAAUGACGAAAAAGAAGACGGAGGUUCCACUGUGAAACGAAGGAGGGAGAGGGACAGGUUGCUGGAAGAGGCAAGGAACAGUGUCCCUGAAAAUGGGUUUGGAAAGGUUAUGCAUUUGGUUAAGGCCUUUGAGAAGCUUCUCACUAUACCAAAAAAUUCAAAGGAAAAAGAUCAUGUGGGGGAUCAGGAUCAAGAUCAGGAUUUUGGAGAGAAAAAGGAUAAGAACAAGGUGAUGAAAUGGGCAUUGCCAGGUUUGCAAUUUGAACAACAACAUGAGGCACUUGAAGCUACUUCUGGUUCCGGUUCUUCUUCAUUUUGUUAUAAUUCUGAUUUGGUUUUGACGUCUGGAAACCUUGGUUUGGAUCAGGGGAUAUCAGUUUCUUCUUCUUGGGACUGUAGCCGUUCAAGUGUGUCGAGUAGGACUUCUAGGGGUAGAAGGAGCCGGAGAAAUAGCUCAGAGUCAUCUGGAACUUUUGGAGGGAAGAGGUGGAAGAGGAAUGAGAGGCUAAGAGUCACUAGGCAACAACCAUUUAAGUUAAGGACAGAGCAAAGGGGAAAGUUGAAAGAGGAAGAAUUUAUGAAAAAAAUACGAGAGAUGACGGCUGAAGAAGAAAGAAUGAGAGUACCAAUUGCUCAAGGUCUUCCAUGGACAACAGAUGAACCUGAGUGCCUGUUGAAACCUGCAGUUAAAGAAAGUACAAAGCCUAUUGACCCAAAGCUUCAUACUGAUAUUCGGGCAAUUGAUCGUGCUGAAUUUGACCAACAGGUUGCAGAGAAAAUGAACUUCAUUGAACAACUCAAGUUGGAAAGGGAAAGACAACAGAAGUUGGCAGAAGAGGAAGAGAUCAAAAGAUUGAGGAAGGAACUCAUUCCAAAGGCUCAACCAAUGCCUUACUUUGAUAGACCUUUUGUCCCAAGGAGGUCGAUGAAGCAUCCAACAGUACCAAGAGAACCCAAGCUUCAUCUACCCCAAGCUCAACACAAGAAGAUGAAGUGUUUGUUGUCAUGGAAUGACAUGAACACCUACUCCUCGUAUCUCAACUAAGCAUCCAAUGGCCACUUGCUGAUAUGUUCAAGGGAAUGAAUGCUCAUUUUUCCAUGAUUCUCUCUCCAGAGUAUUAAUUUUUUGUACAUGGCCAACUCAAUACAUAUAUGGUUGCAAAUUCUUUUUUGCCAAGUAUAUCAAUGUUAUGGACAAUCACAGUUUGAGAUCUUCAUUGAAAUGCAAAUUAAUUCACUUUGUACUACAUAUAUUUUACCUUUUUCUUGCUGUUGUUAGGUCAAUUAUAUGAAAUUGGAAAUGGAGCAU